AAAUGUACUUCGUUACUUUAGACCGAUGCUAGCAGUGAAGACAUACUGUAUGUAGAUUUCCAGCAGGCUGAAUGUUCAUGCAGCAUCCAGAACACAGGGUGGCACUGAAGUCUCAUUUUAAACUGAACAACGCAUGCGCAGAAAACACUCAACUUAAAGGCUGAAGUUUUGAACCCUACAGAGCAAACAUUAAGACGGUAGGAGGAAUACACGUUUACUAAUUUAAGUAGAGCGGGGCUUUUGAAACACUACUGGAGAAACUUUCAUGCAGUUUCAAGGCUUUAUUUAGAUCAGCACAGACAUGGAAAUACAGCUCCCACCUCACGAGGGAGACGAGCUCUCCGUGGUCGACAUGCACACAGGUGGAGAACCUUUACGGAUCAUCCAUAGCGGCUACCCAGAGGUCAAAGGUGACAGCGUUCUGUCCAAACGCCGUUACGUCCGGGAACAUCUGGAUCACCUCAGGAGGGUGCUGAUGUUCGAGCCCCGGGGACACUACGACAUGUACGGAGCCCUGAUUGUGGACAGCGAGCUGGCUGAGGCGGACCUCGGGGUCUUGUUUAUGCACAACGAAGGCUACAGCACAAUGUGUGGACACGCCGUCAUCGCACUGGGCCGCUUCGCCGUGGACUACAAACUGGUGAAGGAGCCACAGUCCCCGGAGACCCAGGUGAACAUACACUGUCCCUGCGGGCUGGUGAAGGCGUUCGUUGAGUACUCUGAGGGUAAAACAGGAGGAGUGAGGUUUCUCAGUGUGCCUGCGUUCGCAUUUUCUACAGAUGCUACUGUGUCCGUGGAAAAGUUUGGUGAUGUGACGGUCGACAUCAGCUACGGAGGAGCCUUCUACGCCUUUGUGGACGCAAAGAGGUUUGGGCUCGAUGUGACCACGUCCAGGACUCGAGAUCUGGUAGAUGCAGCCACAGCGGUGACCAACGCUGUCAAAUCUCAGGUGAAGUUGCACCACCCAACCAGUGAUGAUCUGGCCUUCCUCUAUGGCACCAUCCUCACAGACGGCAAAGAUGAUUAUUCCUCUGACCCCACUGCCAAUAUGUGUGUGUUUGCUGAAGCUCAGGUGGACCGGAGCCCCACUGGUUCUGGUGUUACGGCCAGAGUGGCUCUGCAGUAUCACAAAGGUCUCAUCCAGCUGAACCAGACCAGGACGUUUCAGAGUGGAGCCACAGGAUCCCAGUUCACAGGGAGAGCUGUCAAAGAGACUAAGUGUGGAGACUUCAAGGCUGUCGUGGUCGAAGUUUCCGGAAGAGCCUUUUACACCGGAGUUUCACGCUUCGUGCAGGAGCCGGAGGACAAGUUGACACAUGGCUUCCUGCUGAAAUGAGACUCAAUAAAGGGUUUUAUUAAAGAUGGUUUUACAUUAAAAAAAAAACCAACCUGAAAACAUUGAUGUAUUAUUACCCAUAGUUUUAAGACUUACUUGGUUGAAGUCAAACCCGUACUCGGAGACUACUUUCAUAUCCUGAGCCAGAAUUUUUGAUGUUGGAAUUACUUACCACUUGGUGGAGCCAUGGCACUGGUCACUAUCAUAGACUGUAUGCUAGGAUGGCAAUCAUUGUAGAUUAAUACUUCACAACUAAAAAAACUAAUUCUUCCACCUGUUUUUUCAAUGUCCGCUUUCAGGGUCUUUGUGAUAACAAAUUACGUUUUAAUCCAAGGUAAAUGUGCCAUGAGAAUUCACUCUAAUGCAUGUGCCUAUAAAUCGAAUACAGUAAACUCAAACAUGUUUUCUCCCAUUUAUUAUCAUCAGGUCAUUUUACAAUGAAAGGAAAUAUUUAAAUUAUAAAAUGGAGGUGUUU